AUGAAACAAGAAUAUAUUGAACAUAUCGAAAGUAUUAAAGCAAAUUCUGAUAGAAUGAAACAAAGAGAAGAGGUUAUUAAUUUUUUAAAAUAUCUUAGUUUCCAUGGAGAAAAAGAUCUUGAUCGAGAACAGAUUAAGUCUUUUUGCCAGUUUGCAAUAGAUAAUUUUCCCGGACAGUCUGAAGCAAGUGAAGUUCUAAAAAAAUACAAAAUAACUGUAGUUAAAAGGAAAAGAGUAAGUUUUUCUACUAAUCCACCUCUGUCUAUUGAAUCUAGAUCGAUGUGUUUUAGUGCUGAAGGGCUAAAACAGAAACAAAUACAAGAUAGAGUGAUGGAUUGCAAAAAUAGAUCAUCCCAAAAGAAAUUUCGACCUAAAUACAAAUUAGAAGUGAAAGAGAAUAACAUACCUAUACAUAUUUCAGUUUUGACAGAAAUUAAUAAUAAAUGGGAUAAGCCUUAUAGUGAAAAUUAUAAACCAUUAGGAUCAAUUGGUUUUACUGUUGAAGAAUUGUUGUUAGAGCCAAAAUUGUUAAAGAAAUUUGAAUAA